ACGAGUUGUCCCCGUGGGGCGCCGUUCUGAGUAACGGGAGCAAGCAUCGGGAAUUACAGAUUAAGGCUCAUUUGUGCAGAAUGACUUCGAAGUGUCCAAGAUGCGAAAAGCCGGUGUUUUUUGCUGAAAAAGUGAGCUCCCUGGGGAAGAACUGGCACCGAUUUUGUCUGAAAUGUGAACGCUGUAACAAGACCCUGUCGGCAGGCGGGCAUGCGGAGCAUGACGGAAUGCCCUAUUGUCACAAACCCUGCUAUGGAACCCUGUUUGGACCAAAAGGUGUUAAUAUCGGAGGGGCGGGCUCAUACAUUUAUGACACCCCACCACCCACCCCAGUGGACAAAUUGUCAGACCGCCCCUCGGGGGGGUCCCCCACCACGCCCUGGACCCCAGCUCAAAUGACCAGACAGCAGCCCAAAGCUGCCUCUACCUACGUGAAGACAUUCGCAGGGGAGACAUCGCUUUGUCCUGGGUGUGGAAAGGUGGUGUAUUUUGCGGAGAAGGUGAUGUCCCUGGGCAGAAACUGGCAUCGACCCUGCCUGCGUUGUGAAAGGUGUAAGAAAACACUGACAUCUGGUGGCCAUGCUGAGCAUGACGGGAGGCCUUACUGCCAUGUACCUUGCUAUGGAUACCUGUUUGGGCCAAAAGGAGUGAACAUUGGAGAGGUUGGCUGCUAUGUCUAUGAACAGGACAGUGAGCAAAAUGAAAUUUCAAGCCAGUCUUAAUUGGAUAUUUUUAUUUACUGUACUCACAAGAAACAGUUGUCUCAAGCCAUUUACCUGGCCUCUAUGUUCACACUGUAGUUUAUUGGAAAAACAUUAGUGAAGUAAUACAACCUGAGAAAACGAGGUGCCCCACCCCCAUCGUGUAUGGGUCAUGCACAUGGACACAUUAUGUUUGUUAUUGCAUUAAAGCAUUUUAUGGGCUUAUAAAACUGAUAGUUGUAUGUAACAUGUAAUGUAUCAUUUUAUUUAAAUGCAAUAAACUUUAUACAAUUUGGCUCAUAUAUUUUUACUACAUUAAGACAUGUUUUAA